AUGUCUAAUAAUGAGAUGUUGGAAAAUCCAACAGAAUUGCUAAAAAACUUACAGGAGUUGUUCUUAGUUGAGCACGAUGUUAAAUCAUUGGAAAAGAUUGAUACCAGUAUCAAUAGAUUGACAGAAUUAACAAAAGAAAAAUUAAAUUCAAACCAUAUUGAAAUUUCUAAGCAAACUAGCGUCUUGGAUAAAGGUAACAUAGAUAUUUCUGCUUUAAGAGAUCAAUUGGAAAGAGCGCAAGAUGAGUCUGACCAAUAUAAGUCUGCCAAUGCAAUGGAAACUAAAAUACAGGAACUAGAACGAUUAGAAGCUGAGGUAAAGAGAAUACGAGAAGAUCUUAAUGAAAAAGUGUCGACUUUGGUGAAAUUAGACAAAGAGAUAGCAAAUGAAGUCAAUUUUGAUGAUAAAAGUUCUAUGAAUUCAGAUGACCCAAUAACAAAGGCUAAUAUUCUAAAAUUGAAGCUCUAUAGAUCAAUGGGGGUUAUUGUAGACUCCGUAAACAAUCAAAUACUUAUAAAUCAAGAAAAUGGUGAAAUUGAUAUUUUGCCAAUAGAAAAUGAGUACAGUGACUAUUUUGUUACUAAACAUAUUUGGAGUAAAAUUAAAAACAGAAAAUAA